AUGGCUCGCUUUUCUGCAUUCUCCCUCCUGGCUUUGGGCUCUACGGCCUUUGCCAGCCAGGAUAACUUCCAGACCAAGUGUGCUCAAUUCUCUAAUAAGAUCAAUCUACCCCAUGUCCAAGUCAAUUUCGCCGAAUAUAUCCAGGGAGGAACCAAUGUGUCUCUGCCCGACAAUGCGCCCAGCUGUGGUGCAUCGUACCAGGCAGUCUCUGUGGAUCUUUGUCGAGUUGCAAUGGCUGUAAAUACGUCCAGCAGUAGCCAAAUCACGCUCGAAGCCUGGUUCCCUCGUGAAUACACGGGCCGCUUCCUCAGUACUGGAAAUGGUGGUCUUUCAGGCUGCAUCCAAUACUAUGAUCUGGCUUAUACUGCCCAGAUGGGCUUCGCCACGGUCGGAGCGAACAACGGACACAACGGCACCUCUGGAAAACCAUUUUAUCACCACCCCGAAGUGUUGAAGGACUUUGCCUAUCGAUCUCUCCAUACUGGAGUUGUAAUCGGCAAGGAACUGACCGACCUUUUCUACGAUGAAGGCUUCAACAAGAGUUAUUAUCUGGGUUGCUCGACUGGUGGUAGAGAGGGAUGGAAAUCGAUCCAGAAGUAUCCCAACGACUUCGACGGUGUUGUCGCAGGUGCACCGGCCAUCAACUUUGCCAAUCUGAUUUCCUGGAGUGCCCACUUCUAUUCCAUCCUAGGCUCUUCGACUUCAGAUACAUUCCUGACCACAGCGGAAUGGGCACUUGUUCACGACGAGAUUCUUCGCCAGUGUGACACGAUCGAUGGCGCCAAAGAUGACAUUAUCGAGGACCCGGACCUCUGUCAGCCAAUCCUCGCGACUCUAAUCUGCCCCUCCAAUGCGAAAAACACUACCAAAUGUCUUAGCGGUGCCCAAGUUCACGCAGCUGAGAAAGUCCUGUCCCCCCUGUACGGAGAGCACGGCGAGCUCCUGUACCGACGAAUGCAACCCGGAUCCGAGAAUCUAGCCGCAUCCAUCAUGUACAGUGGGGAACCUUUCGAGUACAGCCUAGACUGGUUCCGAUACGUCGUCUACAAUGAUCCAUCUUGGAGUGGUAACUUCACCGUGAAAGACGCUGAGGCCGCGUUGGCUCAGAACCCGUACAACAUUCAAACCUGGGAUGGUGAUAUUUCUCCCUUCCAGAAGAGCGGUGGCAAGGUCCUCCAUUACCACGGUAUGAUGGAUCAGCUCAUCAGCUCUGAGGACUCCAAGUGGUACUACUCGCAUGUUUCUGAGACCAUGAACCUUCCCCCUGCCGAGCUGGAUGAGUUCUAUCGCUUCUUCACUAUCAGUGGUAUGGGUCACUGUGGUGGUGGAAAUGGCGCUUAUGGCAUUGGUCAGGGCAUUGAAACAUAUGCCAGCAGUGAGCCAGGUAGCAAUGUACUUAUGGCUAUGGUCAAGUGGGUUGAGGAAGGGGUUGCACCCGAGACAGUUCGUGGAGCCAAGUUCAAGGAUGGAGCUGGUACCCCUGUGGAGUACUGGCGCAAGCAUUGCCGCUGGCCUCGGCGCAAUGUGUUCAAGGGCCCUGGAAACUACACGGAUGAGAACUCCUGGGAAUGUAUUUAG